AGAAUGACGUCAUUUCCGUAAACAGAAGGCAUCUGCAAUGUUGGAACUGUUCGCCGGGUGUUUGGUUAAUGCCGCUUUUUCCUUCACUUAUGCUUUCUGAAUGUGAAUGAUGUCUCAGACGGAAUUAUCCUGUGCCACAUCUAAUGUCAUAGUAAACCCUUGCGAGGGUUCAAGUGCUGGAGACUGUAGAGAUGACUGCAGUAGUCUGGACACCAGUAAAAGGGACCGUGUGUUAAAGGAGGUAGGACUCACCAGCACAGCUUUCAUUGGUCCAGCAUUUCCUCCACCAGCAAGCCAAGUCAAGUCUGAUAUUGAAGAUUCACUGAGUGAGUUUUACAAAGAGCUUGGGAAGAUCGAUACACUAGACAGUGCUAAUAGUAACCCAGUGAAACAAGAUGAAGGUUUUGUACAACUACUCAUACCUCCUGAAAUGCCUACAAGCAAAGAGAUUCAGGACGUGCCUGAGGCGAAAAUUCAAAACACGAGAAACUCAGAGAUCACGGAAAUAGAUGGCUACCAGAGAAGUAGUGGAGGGAAACAGUCAUCCUGGUCUCACUGGUAUCAAAAUGAACCAUACUACCACAGAAGGCCGAGGCCAGGCUUAGACCUGAGCUCUGGUAACGCUGUUUCAAACCAGAACCAGUGGCGCUAUCAUCCACCACCGAACAGGCCACUUAACCCAACAUUUCACAGACCCCCGUUCCCUCAUCGACCACCCCCACCUACAUUCCCAAAUCAACAAAAUGCUCCACCACAUCUGAAUCCUAGCUUUAGCAGUUCAGUCUCAACAAACCAGUAUCAAAACAAGUUGCAUUUUCCAACAUAUCCCCUCUUUCCACCACCCAGUGUAUGCAGUCCUCCCUCUCAGGGCUUUCACAGAGAUUCUCCACAUCACUUCGAUAGGGACAAACAAGAUUGCAGCUGUGAUACACUCUUAGAUAAUGGAACUGACAGGUGGUCAAGAGAUAGGAAGGAAGAAUGCUCUCACUUAGAUGAAGAACAUGACAGGCAACAGGGAUUUGACUCCGAAAAUGAAGUGUGGGAGCGACAUCAUCACUACGAGCCCCAUGAGGAUACUCAUACAUAUCGCUCAGCUUUGGUGCUAAUCCUAAUGAGGGGAUUACCAGGAUCUGGAAAAUCAACACUGGCCAGGGAGUUGCUCUCUACUGGUCCCAGUGGCAUCAUUUUGAGCACAGAUGACUACUUUGCAUACAAUGAUGGCUACCGCUAUGAGCCGGGCCUUCUUGGAAAGGCGCAUGAAUGGAACCAGGGCAGAGCUAAAGAUGCUCUGCAUGAUAGCCGGUCUCCCAUUAUUAUUGAUAAUACCAACAUCCAAGCCUGGGAAAUGAAGCCAUAUGUUAAAAUGGCCUUGGAAAGAGGAUACAAAGUGGACUUUUGUGAGCCUGACACCAGGUGGAAAUUUGAUCCUUACGAGCUGGAGAAGAGGAACAAGCAUGGUGUUCCUCAUGAGAAGAUUGCACAGAUGUUGGAUCGUUUUUCAUUUCCCAUAUCGGUCGACAUUGUCAUGAGUUCUCAAGAACCACCUCACGUGCACCAGAGACGUCACCCGAGCAGCCACAGGUGAUAACGAAAAAGCAAGAUUUCCAUUUGUUUCUACGGGGACCAAACAGCCAAAUAAUUUGCCUUGAACACUUUUAUACAGGUAUAAAUAUUGUUCUCUUCUGUUUCUACAGAAUUUUUAAUAUAUUCUUUUGUUUAUUGUACAUAAAGGGUAAAAACAGAAGAGAUUUAUUUUCUGAAUAAGCUUUAAUUACUCUGAUGUGUAAUAUCUUUGAUAGGAAAUGAAAACAGCAGUAUUUUUAUAUUUUGUAUGCCAUAUUUGUCCUUUUGCUGUUUGUGUGUUCGGUCCAAUAUGCAAGAACACGGAAAACUAGAAGGUUGUCCUCAACAGCCCGGUGUCAUUUUCCUGUUGACUUUCCAGGGGUGUCAAACUUUCCAGUUUGACACCCCUGUUCUAGUGCCACAUUUAAUUUUACUCAGCGUGAAAAUGAUUCAGUUUAUGUAGCCUCUGACCUCAGCACUUAGGACAUUAGUUGUUUAAGGAGCACUCAUAAGCUGUUUUAUUUUGGCAUGUACGGAAUUUCUCAUGAGAACAUUUGGCCAAAACAGAACAACCUCUGUGAUCCCGCAGCAAAUUACUGCAGUAAACCAGUGCAUAGACACCUUCAAACAUCUGACAUCAAUAACAGUGUGCCUAGGUCUUUGUCUCACUGCAUUCAUUGCUGCGUCUCACAGGAAAUCACAUUUUGCCGUUCUAUUCCCCCCGGUGGUCAUUAAAGCAGCGCACAGAGGUCCUUUAUUGUUGACUUCAUGUUUUGUUUUUCCGAUCGGGGUUGUUUUUCUCUGGACCUCAGCCUGUUUUUCUGUUUGGAAUUCUACAUGUUGGAUGAAAUUUUUAUGCUAGUGUGUAGUUUUUAGUAAAACAAGCGUUUUAUUAGAGAAAAGGUCUUAAUUUUCUGUGGAGCUGCGUGUGACAGAUCUGGGUUAACUUUCUUGUUCUCUGCUUUACGUUAUGCACUCUCCACUUGAGCAUGUUCAAAAAUAGCACAGUGGCAAUUGGAAACGCAUAAACUAAGAUUUUUUUCAUUGUGUACUGGCAUUAGCUAAGAGAAGAAGAUCAGCAAAGGGUAAAAAUUCCAGCAAUAGGUGGUGGACAAAAAAGAAACAGUUGACAAUAACAACUCAGGAGUAAAUGUGAGUUUUAUCUUGUAUUGUUGGUCAUUUUAAGGUUAUAGCUUGUCAUGUUGUCAUGUUCUUUCAGUUCACGAUACUCAGGGUCUGUUUGUGCUCACUUUUUUGUUUACUGUGGCUUUCUUACCUUCUCAAAUGUUCUCUCAUCCUAAUUUGCAGAAAUCUCUCCCAGACACGUUAACUCAUUUGGCAGUGUUUAGACUGAUGUUCCUCCAACCAGUCAUAGAGAUUCACUUUAGUUAACGGCUUGAUUGCUGUGCAUUUUUCAGUUCAGUUGCUUUUAUUCACUCAUUACCUGUAGAGAAUGUGAUGAUUCCCCCAACAACUUGUUUUUUUAUUAUGCUAACAUUGGAAAUAAAAGGAAUGUUUGAUCAUUUUCAAUUAAUAAACAUAAUUUUCUACUUUU